CGCUAACUGCGGCCGAUCUCCAGGGAGCAUCAACAGCCAACUUUCACUUCCCGUCAGGGUCUCUCGCUUCCAAUCCAUCCAGUGCUACCUUUCGCCUGUCAAUGUGCUCUAUCUAGCGACUUUCUUAAUUUGUGCUCACCCGCCAGAAUGCUGGUCUCCCUGACUGUCGGAAAGGUCGACGCUGGUGUCGCUGUCCUGUUGACCCAAGACAACCGCCUGAUCGAAUUCCCCUCGGUUCUCCUGCCUAACAAUAUUACCUCCGGAAGUAUCGUUGAUAUUACCGUGGCGCGCAAUAAUGCCGCGGAAGCCGCCAAUAUGGCGUCCUUCCAGGGCCUUCAAAAGCGUAUUCUCAACACUUACGGCAUCAAGACACCUUCACCACCCGUACUCCGCCUCCGCAACGCUACACAAACCUCCCUUGUUCUCGAAUGGGACCCUAUCGACUUGGCUACCGCAUCCCUCAAGACCCUCUCACUCUACCGCAAUGGCUCCAAGGCCGGUUCUAUUCCCCGGCCUCUUGAGACGCGCAGCACCAAGAUUAGUGGUCUCGCUAUCCACUCCGAAUACAGCUUCCAUCUCGUUUUGCGCACGACCGCAGGCACGUUCCAAUCAGAGAAGCUGACUUGCCGCACACACAAGAUGACAGACCUGUCUGGUAUUACAGUGACCACUGGUAUUCUUAACGACCAGCGGAAGGAUGCUCUCGGUGAAGCUCUCGAUCGCAUUGGUGGAAAGCUCAUCGACUCAGUCCGAAUCGACACUACACACUUCGUCUGCUCGGAGGGCAGAGGCCCACUGUGGGAGAAGGCUGUCGAGAUGAACAUCCCAGUCGUGGUGCCUGAGUGGGUUGACGCCUGCGAGGCAGAGGGCACUAUCGUUAGCGUAAGGGGCUAUUACCUGAACGCCGACCCCAAGACCCGCCAACUUGGGCCCAUCCACGGCUCAACACAGCACCAGCGCACGACUUCAUCUAUAGCCUCUCCAUCGCGCCAGUCUCAAUCUCAUUCACAGUCUCUAUCCCUCCCUGCAAGCCAACAAGGGGCCGAUCAAAGUGCUCCUGAAGCACCGCCAACCCCGUUCCCAGGAGCUGAUAUGAGUGGGCAGCCAAAGGCAGAAGAUGAAGAAAAUGAUUCUUCAGAAGAUUCAGAGACACCACCGCCUCCACCUCCAAAGGAUGAAGACUCCGAUGCCAAUGAGACGCGGACAGUAGCAUCGCCAGAGAAUAAGCAGGAGGAUGAACCCGAAACUAACGGAGAAACCAAAUCAAAGUCGGCGCCACUACCUGCUGAGGAUUCUGAGGAUGCUGAUGAAGAGGAGUCGAAAACACAAGACUUGUCCGAGAAACCGGAUGAACAAGGUCUGGAAAAUGGGAAUGAGGAAAAGAAGGAAGAAGGAGAGGGAGAAAACGAUGGCCUAUCCAGCCCUAAAGAAGGGGAAAAGGGAAAAUCGAAGGAACAUGCAGGGGAUUCGGAUUUCAAUGAGGUACCCCUUUAAUAAUCAGCUGGUCAUCCGGCUCAGCGCCCGAAUAUUGUAUAUUCAUUUUUACCUGAUAUGACACCCUUUGGAAUUGAUCUCGACCUAGAAUCUCUUCUGAUUCUGUCAGUUCCAACGCCAUGCCAUUACGCAUUCGAUACUUAUACUUUUUACCUUCCAUUUCUAUUUCCUAUGAUUGUUUGUGGAUUUGUGCUUUGCUCUAUUAACUACCAUUCUGUAUAAUAGAUGGUUCAGUUUAGAUAGCUCUCUUUUAAUGCUUCGUAUCAUGAUGAAUCAAUAUUUUAUAAUAACAUAUUUUUUUUUACCCGCUUUC